AUGGACCGUUGCACUGGCCUGGACCACUACUUGGACCGUUGUAUUGGCUUGGACCACUACUUGGACCGUUGUACUGGCCUGAACCACUACUUGGACCGUUGUACUGGCCUGGACCACUACUUGGACCGUUGUACUGGCCUGGACCACUACUUGGAUCGUUGUACUGGCCUGGACCACUACUUGGACCGUUGUACUGGCCUGGACCACUACUUGGACCGUUGUACUGGCCUGAACCACUACUUGGACCGUUGUGCUGGCCUGGACCACUACUUGGACCGUUGUACUGGCCUGGACCACUACUUGGACCGUUGUACUGGCCUGGACCACUACUUGGACCGUUGUGCCGGCCCGGACUACCCUACAAUGUCAUACCAGCCGUGCCUUAGUCGCCGAAGGCGGAGGCGGCGAGGUCCUCCUAUCUGCGGCAACGAGCGCGCUUGGUGUGUGACGUAUGCCAUGACAUCUUCUACUAGCUCGCGUGGAGGUGGCUCUUCCAAGUGGUCAGAAAUAAAGUAA